UGGACCAAGAAACACGCGGCGCCACGCCAGGAAGCCACCCUGCUAUAUAUACAUCCCCAGUGCUCACCACCUUCAGUCUUCUGCUCAGUCAGCCUCAGGACACAGCCCAGAGAUGAUGCGUGUGGCGGUCGUGGUUUUGCUGGCGGCGGCGGCGGCGGUGGUGGUGGCCAGGCCGGAGGCUGAGGCCGAGGCUGAGGCCAAGGCCGAGGCCAAGCCUGUGGCAGAAGCAGAGGCUGAGGCAGACGCUGACCCCGAGGCUGGCUACCUGCCGUACCACGGGCCGCGCUGCUACCCCAAGACCCACUACGUCACCGACUACAGGACGGAGGUGCAGAAGGUGCCCGUGUACUCGACGCUGGUGAAGCACCAGAUCGUGCCCAAGACCCUGUUCCAGCCCGUGUACAAGACCAUCCACAACACGCAGUACCAGACCGAGUACGUGCCCAAGUACAUCACCGAGACCGAGUACAAGACCAACCUGAAGUACGUGACGCAGCACCAGACGGUGUACCACACGCAGCACAACACCCAGUACGUCACCACCACCCACCUGGUGCCGCAGUACAUCACCAAGAACCUGCAGCACACCCAAUACGUCACCGAGACCCAACACCAGGUGGUGCACAAGACCGCCUACCUGCCCAAGUACGUCACCAGCACCCUCGUCCAGUACCACACCCAGUACGAGACCCAGGUGGAGCCCGAGUACGUCACCGUCACCAAGGAGCGCCACACUUACAAGACUGUGUGCCCCGUGGUGCCCGUCGCCCACCCCGUGGCUCCCAUCGCGCCCAUCAACCCCGGCUACGGGUACGGCUACGACUACUAAGCGACACACCACCAAGAUCACACCACAAGCCCGCGAGACGUCUCUGGCCCGUCCUUAUCCCUUCCCUCACUCCACUUCCUUCCGCUGUAAGCUCAUGGUGUCUCCCCUUAGCAGUGUACAUAUACUACAGGCGUAGGGAGGAGCCCGUGUAAAUACUGUGUUUUGAUACAGGCUCGGGAGUUCAGCGAAGUCACCUUUACUCUUAUUCUUUGUAUAUUCUUUGCCAACAAUAAAAUGAUGUACCAAUCGA